CAACGAGACCAUCAGUCCGAGUUGGGUACAUAAACCCCAUGGAUCGCGCGGUCAUCCUUGUUCCCUGUGUCCCUACUGUUCCCAUCUGCGGAUCAGCUUCGUCAAGAUGUUGAUCGCCCCGCUGGUUGCUGCCAUCCUCGCCGUCCCGGCACUGGCCUCGAGAUCCCCGUUCGGCCGGGUUCAUCCUCUGCGGGCCUACGAGCCUGAGGGGAUUGCUCGGAGGGAAGCGUUCGAGCGCGCCGCCUUGCAGGCCAGGGCUCCCACUAAUGACACGAACACGAAUACCACUGUCUCGUACCGGUACAAGACGCCGAAGACUGAGCCAUACCUCGUCACUGCGCUCCCGGAUGUGACCUUCAACUUUGGCGAGCUGUACUCGGGCUCGGUGGCCGUGGAUGCCAACAACCAGACCGAGGGCAGCCUCUUCUUCUUCUUUGCGCCCAAGGCCGGCGACCCAGUGAACGAGGUCACCAUCUGGCUUAACGGCGGUCCAGGAUGCUCGAGUCUCGAGGGCUUCAUCCAGGAGAAUGGCCCGAUCAUCUGGGAGCCGGGAACCAUUGCCCCCGUGGCGAACCCGUACUCGUGGAACAACUUGACCAACAUGCUCUGGGUCGAUCAGCCGAUCGGAACUGGCUUCUCCGCUGGCACGCCGUACGCCACGUCCCAGGAGGAGAUCGCGGCUGCCUUCGCCAAGUUCUUCAAGAACUGGCAGGAUAUCUUCGGGAUCCAGAACUACAAGAUCUAUGUCACGGGCGAGAGCUACGCCGGAAGAUACGUGCCCUACAUCUCGGCCGAGUUCAUCAACCAGAACAACACGGCCAACUUUGACCUUGCAGGUGCGCUUGUCUACGACCCGGUUAUCGGCGACAUGUCACAAGUGCAGACACAGUUCCCCACCCUGGGACAUGUGGAGGCCAAUCUCAACAUAUGGGGAUUCAACGACACAUUCAUGAACCAGCUCGCUGCGAUCCACAAGGAGUGCGGGUACCAGGACUACUUGAACAAGUACCUUGUCUUCCCAGCCUCUGGCGUCCAGCCGCCACCUGGCAACGUUACAGACCGGUGCGACAUCAACGACUUGGUCUUCGAGGAGGAAUUCAGCAUCAAUACAUGCUUCAACCCCUACUUUAUUAGCCAAGCUUGCCCGGUGCCCUACGACAUCUUGGGCAUGCCGGGAACUUUCCAGUACAGCCCGCCGGGCAACCCGCCGUACUUCACUAGGCCGGAUGUCGUCGCCGCCAUCCACGCUCCGACGAGCUUCCAAUGGAAGGAGUGCGCCGCCGGCAACGUGUUCGUCAAGGGUGUCGACAAGAGCGCCUUGUCGAUCGAAAAGGUCCUCCCCCAAGUGAUUGAGAAGACGAACCGUGUUCUCAUCUCCAAUGGCGACUUUGACUUUGUGGUCAUGACCAACGGCACGCUCCUGGAAAUCCAGAACAUGACCUGGAACGGACACCUCGGAUUCCAGUCCCCGCCGUACGAGCCCUGGAUCCUCGAUACCGUGGAUGUCCGCUACGACGACGUGUUCCUCGCGUCUGGUCUGGACGGCAUCAAGGGCCCGCGCGGCCAGCAGGGCUACUACCAUGAGGAGCGCGGCUUGAUGUGGGUGCAGACCUUCCAGGCCGGGCACAUGCAGCCCGAGUACCAGCCGCGCGCGGCAUACCGACACCUCGAGUGGGUCCUGGGGCGUGUGCAGUCGAUUUCCGACGCGAGCGCUCCGGCGUCCUCCUCCACCAACUCUUCUAGCGGCACGCCGUCUUCCGCCCCCAGCAGCCAGCGGGACAGCGGCAGCGCGGAACGCGAGCCGGCGGUAGUUGCAGCCCUGCUCGUGUGCCUUGUUGUAUCGUUCCACUCUAUGCUUGCAUGA